AUGGAAACGACUAAUUCGCCUGAUAAUCCCAGUCUAUCAUUCUUGAAUGCCUCAACGACGCUACUACCGCACAGAUUCGCUCAAUCCGUCACGGCGAUAUCGCUAUCAACCAAAUUCAGCCUACGCACCGCAGCAUUCCUAAUAGAUUUAUUCCUGCACGGCUUUAGAAGCACGACGACGAGCUCUAUCGAUAUCGCACGCAGAGCAACCAUCUCCGCCAUCAAUUCCGCCCUCCGAACUUACGAUCCAACUACCGGUGACAUAGAUCUCGAGCAUCUGUCACUCUCAACAGGCUUAGCUGCCUUAGGCAUAUCUUGCACGUCCUCCUCUAACCCUGAUCAAGUCCACAGGAAGCUCCUAGAAGGCUACACUGGCUUGGGCGUUUAUCUCGUUCACCACUCUUUCACUCUCGCUGAGCUUUUCGCCCACGCUGGCUUCUACCUCACCCAGAAAACUCUAAAGACUUCCUUCUCCCUCGCCGAAGAAAGCGUUUCAGUUUUUGAUGGCAUCUUCGGCUCCAACGAGACUAGCCGCGCUUUGUCUGCCAUUAUCAGCUUCAUGGGAAAGCAGAACGAGGCUCCGAAGCAUAUGUCCUACUUGAGCUGGAUCGUCGCUCUCACAAAGGCCUUCACUGCGUUUGCUUGUCUCCAGAGCGCAACACAGAAGCGGAUUCUCGAAAGCCAGAACAUGAAAGUCGUGUGGGAUUGCGUUGUGGUCAAUAGAUCCUUCAGCGAGGUUAACUCUAAGAAGAAAAAGUCAAUCGGCGAUACACUCGCUAGUUUAGCCACCAUGCUUGAGUCUUAUAGAUACAAGAACUUGUCCAGGAAUUCUUCUGCUGCCUCUCCAGGCGACCGGUCGCCUGGAGAGCAUCAACGUGAGCACGCACAUCCACAUGGAAAAAGCAUGCAUCACUCCAUCUUGAAGAAGAAGAGUGGUAAUCUCUUCUCGUCGCGUGAGGCGACGACUUCCACUGAAUACCGCACGCGCAACCUCUCCCCCGAUGAGCGCAACCAACUUAUCAAAACCCUCACUGAUCUGCUUGGAGAAGAUGCGCACAUUGAUACACAGGAAACUAACGCAUCUCAAGACACACAUGCCCCUUGCGAGUGUGCGGAAAGUGACGAAAUGAUUAAGAAGACCAUCUGGGAAAUGAUCACUGAGAAUGAGGAGCAGAUAGUCACAACAGAAAUGCGCAGCGAGCUGGCACAGGCACAGGAACACGAGCAGAUGCAGACACAAACACAGCAGCCACAGUCACUACACCCUCCCACGCCCCACUCCCACCAAACAAAUACCAUCCACUUUCCAUCUAUUUCGACCUUCUCCAAAUCAGCACCCCAGACGCCUUACCAAGAAGAUAUGGAUACAGACGACGGGCGCAGGGAGAGAGAAACUAUGUCGUACUUCCCACACUACUCUAACUCGACCAGCUGCCUACCCGGACUCAGCACUGAAAGCCAGGAGUAUUCCGUAGCGAGUGAGUCGUACGCAGAUACGCUUAGCCACCCUGGUGAAAGCAGACAGCGUCUCCAGAAUGUGCUGCGUACAGUCACCACGCGUCUUACGCAGAAACACGUCGCGCGCAAGAUUGAAAUAAGCGGCAGGAAGAGAAGCGGGAGUGGGAGUGCUGUUAUCAAUCGCAAAACAUCCACACCGGAAAUAAGUAUGAUGAGAAUGACGAGCUCGGAUAAAGGCGAGGGUAAGAAGAAAAUGACGCUCCCACAUACCCGCACAAAGUCUAUCAGCACACACACACAUCCUAAUCAAUUAUUACAGGGAGCGGAGAGUUUGUCGCUAGGUAUUACAGACGGUCUCGCGCGGAAUGGUUUUUCACAGAAUGACCAGCCCCAAAAUAUACCAUCGCCUCAUACACCUAAACAUAAUAUACCCCCACCCAGUACGCCUACACAGAAAAUCCUCGCACCCCACACAACAUCUCCCCAGAAAUCACCAGACGCACCACAAGCACCGCCGUCGUCGCCCGUGUGUGCACACACGCGUGGAAGCACCAAUUUGAGCCCAUCUGCUACAAAUCUAUCAACACUACCACCGUCAGCCAUACCGCCGACGCCAACACCACCAAAAGACGCUGUCGAAUCGACCUCGGAAGGUGUUUACUGGCCGCGCGAGCAUAUUAUCAAGAACAUCCACCGCUUUAUGCGCUACUCCUCGGCAGCGUACGGCAAGUCAUUUAUGCGUAUUCUUGGUAUCGGCGGGGAUGCGACAGCGGACCACACAGACACGUCUGCGCACCAGCAACACAUCAACCACCACGCAUUUGCAUACCACAAUAACAUACCUAUCGACGCAAUUCUUCUAUCGUCUUACACUAAUCCCUAUGAUAAUUUCAAGAAGGACAGCGGGAAGAUCUACCCGCUGGUGCACUACAUAGCGAUUGACCACAGUGCGCAGUCGAUUAUCCUCACCUGUCGCGGCACGCUAGGGUUCCAGGACAUACUAGUUGAUCUAACGUGCAACUAUGCGCAUCUGGACUUAGAUGCAGGAUCUUAUGACAAAGACGGCUACUAUGCGAUACACGAGGGAAUGUUAAGCAGUGCUUAUCGACUAGCACACUCUCAUACGGUGCUCUCUACAAUUCGUAGGGCGCUACUCGAGUAUCCCCGCUAUGGGUUGGUGCUCUGCGGACACAGUCUAGGCGGUGGAGCUGCAGCUGCGCUAGCUUUGCUAUGGGGCACGCGAUCGGAUGUGUUCGCAACGCAGGCACGCAAUAGAGGUAUGUCAUUUAAUGUGAAAGCGUCGACCACUUUCGUCACGGGAUUUAAAUCACUCUUGCCGGAAGGUCGCUCGCUUAGCUGCUACACUUACGGCACACCAUGCGUAUCCACUCCUGACCUCACAGCAUAUGCGCGAGGUCUUAUCAUUAGCGUCGUCAAUAAUAAGGAUAUUGUCCCCACACUCUCACUCGGUUUGCUGCACGAUAUGCGCAAGAUGGCUAUCAUGUUGCAUGAGGAAGAGGGCAACAUUACGGAUGAGAUUAUUGGCCGCGUGCUCGGGUUCAGAGGAGAGAACGGCUUACAGAGUGGCGAAAGUAAUCGGCGUCGGAGUGAUUCAAACGGAAUUGAGGGUGCGCGGGGUGGGAGUGGCGAUGUAAUUGAAACACACCGCACAGAUACAAACAGAUACAAACACACUCACCCGACUGACAAAGUAGAUGAGAUGGCAGAGGACCUAGGUACGCCAGCCGACACACUACGCACGAUAACACACCAAGAUGCAAAGGUGGGGCACACCUCCAACGCUAUCCUUAAACCUGGUUACGUAGAUCCAGCGCUAGUUGCAACGACGCCGCAAGCCGACCAGGAGCUCAGCGACUGGCUCUGGAGUUUGAAGACAACGAUCGGAGCUGACAUGGAUGCGGUGAAGCUGUAUCCGCCGGGCGAAGUGUUUGUCGUAGAGAGGUCCACGUGUCUAGUGACGCUGGAGUGUGGCGGGGGCGAGAACGGUGAGGAGGAGGGUGAAGGUGAGCUUGGUACGGAACAACACACCCACUCUCACUCUCACGCCUCGCCCCAAUAUAAACAGGAAGCUCAUCGCGUUAUUUUGAGAUACUGCCAGGAUGUGGAAAAGAGGUUCAACGAGCCGUUCUUUAGCAAAAGCAUGUUCACGGAUCAUAGCCCCGUCGAGUAUGAACGUGCGACGCAGCUCUUGUUUGAUGGGAUAGCGGGGUGA